AACGGAUAAAGUCUGUAUUGAUCCAGCUGAUUGAACGAAAAUUAACUGAACAUUGUCAAACACGCGCACGUGAAGAACUAACACACACAACUUGUUUGUUUUUAGGGGAAACCUCAAAGCAAAAUUGGAAAGCAAAAUGAGUAAUCCACCCAUACAAAAGAAAAUUAUACACGCUGGUAAUCACGUCGCCGAAUUCCCACCCGAUACCAAAGUGCGGUUUCACUUCAUCACCCAAGCUAUUACCAAAAAUUCAGAUGGAGAAAUCGUACUGGGAGAUGUUAUCGAUGACAGUCGUACCUAUUCUCAGCCCAUCGAAAUUUUGAUUGGCAAAAAAUUUAAACUCGAAGUCUGGGAAACGAUAGUACAGACUAUGGCUGUCAAUGAAGUGGCAGAGUUUCAUGUUGAAAAGAAUCUUUGCUUGGCCUACCCUCUGGUUGCCAAAACACUCCGAGAUGCCUACUCCAAAGACAAGUCCAAGGCCCACGAACACACACCUUCUUCCCACUGUUGCGGGGCCAUGGCUUUAGCAAAUGGUCCCAAACUGGGAUAUGAUGACCUAAACCAACUCAUGGAAAAACCCACUGAUAUGCUCUUCAGAAUAGAGCUGCUUGGUGUUGAUUUACCACAAUCGUAUAAGAAGGAGACGUGGCAAAUGGACGAGAUAGAACGACUGAACGCAUUACCCAGACUAAAGCAAGAGGGUAACGAAUUGUAUCAAAAUAAAAAGAAUGCCGAAGCAUCCUCGAUUUAUGCACAAGCCAUAGGAAUAAUCGAACAACUGCAACUCAAAGAAAAACCAGGCGAAGAAGAAUGGAAAAACUUGGCAGACAUGAAAAUACCUUUUCUACUUAACUACUCUCAAUGCCAAUUGUUGUUGGGAAAUUACUAUGAAGUUAUUGAACAAUGUUCCCAAGUUUUAGUUCACCAACCAGAUAACGUGAAGGCAUUGUUUAGGAGGGGCAUGGCACACUUAAAUGCCUGGAAUCCCAAAGAAGCUAAAAGUGAUUUUGAAAAAGCUGCUAUCAUUGACCCCUCAUUGUCGAAAACAGUUCAGCAACAACUCAACAAACUAGAAGAGAUGAUCAAAGAGAAAAAUAAGUCAGAUAAAGCAUGGUUAAGUCAAGCAUUUGGGAAAACAUCAUCCUAGGCUAUUACACCAGGAGUUUCAUUGUA